GCCAUAAACUCCAAAAAAAAAACGUCAUGUCAUUACAAAUGGUUUGUCAAAAAUGACAGCAAUUGAAAUUGACAGUUGUUCUAAAAAAAUGGCGGCGAUUGGAAUGUGUGAAACUCCCGGCUGCAAAUCUAUUGCACAAUUGCAGUGUCCAACAUGCUUAAAACUGGGAAUACAAGGCUCGUUUUUUUGUAAUCAAGACUGUUUUAAGAAGUCUUGGAAGAAUCACAAAAUAAUCCACUCGUUGGCGAAGGGUGAGAGUACAGAUGCAUCCAGUGUGGAGUAUAACCCCUGGCCGUCAUUCAGUUUCACUGGGAAGUUGAGACCGUUCCCGCCGGGACCGAAACGCACAGUACCACCACACAUAGGCCGCCCGGACUAUGCCGAUCAUCCGACAGGCUUUCCUGCAUCUGAGAAUGCUGUAAAGGGCUCGGGUCAGAUUAAAGUGCUUGACGAUGAGGAAAUUGAGGGUAUGCGUGUAGCUUGUCGCCUUGGAAGAGAGGUGCUCGAUGAGGCUGCCAGAGUGUGUGAUGUGGGGGUAACUACAGAUGAAAUAGAUCGCAUUGUGCAUGAGGCCUGCAUAGAACGGGAGUGCUACCCGAGCCCUCUAAACUAUCACAACUUCCCUAAUAGCUGCUGCACAUCUGUUAAUGAGGUCAUCUGCCACGGUAUACCUGAUCUUCGCCCCUUAGAGGAUGGUGAUAUCUGCAAUGUAGAUGUGACAGUAUAUCACCGAGAAUUCCACGGUGAUCUCAAUGAGACUUUCUUUGUUGGUAAUGUGCCAGAGUCUAGCCGGAAACUUGUGCAAGUCACAUAUGAAUGCUUAGCUAAAGCUAUCGAGAUAGUGAAGCCUGGUGAGAAAUACAGGGAGAUUGGAAAUGUGAUUCAGAAGCAUGCUCAGGCAAAUGGACUUAGUGUUGUGCGCUCAUACUGUGGACAUGGUAUACACAGGUUAUUCCAUACUACACCCAACGUGCCACACUAUGCCAAAAACAAAGCUAUUGGUGUGAUGAAACCAGGACACUGCUUCACUAUUGAGCCAAUGAUCAAUGAAGGAGGGUGGCGUGAUGAGCAGUGGCCAGACCAUUGGACCGCAGUCACCGCUGAUGGUUCUCGCUCGGCUCAAUUUGAACAAACUCUUCUGGUGACGGAGACAGGUUGCGACAUCUUGACACAGCGUUCAACAGGCCGACCAUGGUUCAUGGACCAACUAGAGAAACUCAAUGCCAAGUCCUAGGGACCACAUCACUACUCAUCCACUGAGGUGAAAAUAUGCCUAUUAUAGUAUAUGUAUAAACUUAAUAAAAGGGUCAUUGGAAAAUACUGAAUAGACUGCCAGAGUGGAGCUUUAAUCUGGAAGGUUUUUCAUGAAAGACCUAAACUGACAGAUUGCAUCAGAUUUUAAGGAGGAGUUCUAUUUGAACUUUAUAAGCAUUUACAAAUUUACCUUUGUAGUUUCAAUUUGUGAACCACCCUGAAGUGGAAUAUUAUGACAAUUUAAAACUUCUCUAAUGGUAAUUGGCUUACUAUUUAAACAUGUAUCCAAUAUAAAUAAAAGAUAUCUGCCUCAGUGGAAGCAUAAUGUAGGUUAGUUAAAAAUAAUGAAUUAGGAACUGUUCAUAUUGAAGUGUUUUCGUAAAUUUAUGAUUUAAGAUAUGAAUUAUGGAAAUUGACAUAAAAUAUAAAAACAUACAGCCAAGUUGGGACAAUAACCAUUUUCUUAUUUGUGCAUCCUGAUUGAUAUGUCCUAUUUUAAAAUGUUUUGGGUGAAUGAAUACAUGUUGCCAUGCACAAAUUAAUUUCCUCUAUGAUUAAUGGUUAUGCUGAUUAUUAUAUAGUGUGGUGCUUUAUCUUAACAUAAUGUUUCUAAAAUUAUGCCAUUAUUCAUAUCUCAGAUCAUAAUAUUCCUCAAGAGGGUUUUCUAUAAGUUAUUUUGUACAGAUUUUGGGCUAUUUUUCAAGAGUAUGCUUUGUUUUAUUUGUAAGAAAUUAUUUUAGCUUACUCAUUGCUAUUAUGUGUUAAUUAAUUGGUGAAAUAUGUUGAAAUAAAGCUGCUCAUUUACUGUCUAAACACCUAAUAUAGCCAAAUGCAUGCCAUUAUAUGCUGCAAUUCAGAACAUACAAACAAAACACUAGAAAUUGAUUUUAAUGAAAUUGCAAUGCAAAUUAUUAUUUGUACAUAUUAAUAUUACUCUACAACUUUUUUAUUUUAAAUCCCUACUAAUGUUCUUGUCAUUGUUUGCGUAUUUACAAUAUUAUGUAAUAAUUAUUAAAGCCAGGAACAGACGGAAGACGUCGUUAAACUAUACAACAAUAAAGUUAAAUAAAAAUAGAAUUUUGUAAAUUGUAAUAGACAUAAAAAAUAAAAACAAUUAAAGACAA